CAUUCGGUGAUUAACCUGUAGAAAAUGUAGUUCAAUAGUUUCGAAUUACGCGCCUGCGGUUUCCGCAUCGAGUAGCCAUUUUGGUGCCGCAAAAGAAAAAAAAUCUUUUGAAAAUGGAUAGAUAAAAUUUAUUCUCGAAGAUAUUAUAACAAACCAAGAAUGAUAUUUCUAUAUAAUUAAUGAUAAAAUCGUAUAAUAAAAAAAGAAAAGGAAAUGAUUAUCUUAAACGAAAUCAACAUCAAUGUUUAGAUCAAAAUUAUAUCAUAUCGUUUCUUAAACAUAGUAAAUAAAUUUCGCAUUUCGUAUGAACGAUUCAAAUUCGAGAUGCACUUGGCGCCACGAGAACUAUUCAAGGCCAUGUAUAUCAUGAUCCCACUCUUUUCUAUCACGAUACACUUUGAGUAUACAUAUUCUCACUCACGCACGUUACGUAGAAAAGAAAGAGAGAGAAAGAAAGAGAUGUAUCGAAUGAAAACUGCUAGCGCUACGAACGGAAGACGAUGAAAUUAAUGUCGUUGUCGUUGAAUGGAUAUCAGGUUAUGUAUACGAUCAGUUCGUAGAAAUGUUAAUAAGAACGUACGCUAAGCGAUAAAAGAUUACGCGUAUUGAAUUUCAAUAAAGUUAACGAAAACAACAUCGUAUUAAUUAACAAAAUAUUAAAAAAAAUGAUAAUAAAAUAGAUAAGGAAAUUAUUCGUUAAGAAUGAUUUUGAUGAAAGAUCUAUCGUGAGAAUGAUCAAUGAAUGUCUUAGUUGGAGUUAUCCGAAAGAUGGUAUACUAAGAGAUCCCCCUCCAAGUAUAUUAUGUGGGGACCCAUCCCUUUGGGUCUCCAGCGCGGUCUCUCUCUCCGGAGAGACGGUUGAAGUUUUCCUCAGUGCCGGUACGUCCGCGUCUCUCGUCUCGCGUCGACACAGUACGUACGACACGGCACGAUUCGACUUCGAUUCCGCGACUCGGCGAUUCUCUUUCUCGACGUCUCGGCUCGGUUCGGUUGCAUAGGCGUGCGCCAUGGUCUCUUGCGUCCAAUCCGGACACCAGCAUGAGUACCAGCAACACAAGCAGCACCAGCAGUAACAGCGGAACCAGACUUGUCUCGUGCCCAGCUGGAGUCGAACUCACGAAAAACUCAUAGUUCUCUUCUAGUCGCGCGACCCAUACGAAAACCUCCGUUUCGCGUACGUUUUCGCGUCUUUAUCGUUAUCGUUUCCUCCUCCAUCUCCUCCACUUUAUCUUUAUCCACUUAUUUCUUCACUUCCCUCUUUCUCUUCCUCUUCCGUCUCUUUUCUUCUUCUUUUUUUUUUUCUUCUUUUCCUCCUCAUCGAAUCGUUCUUGUGCCAAGAAACCGCGCACCUACUCGAACCUUUAUCUCUUUCUCUGCUAAAACAGCACUCUUCUCCUCCUCUUCCUCCUUCUCCUCCUCCUCCACCUUCAUCUCCUCCUCCUACAUUUCGUAGCCGGUCGAGAUAGUCGUUCGAGAGAAGCCAAGAAAAUCUCUCGAGGAAAGGACGACGUCCUUUCGUUCUCCCUACGAACGAAAUAAGAUACCGAGAGAAAGAAAGAGAGAGAAAGAGAGAGAAAGUGUGAGAGGGAGAGGAAAAGAAACAGAAAGAAAGAAAAAAGAAAGAAAGAGUGAGACGGUGAGUUUUGGAACAGCAUCAUGACCGAUCGAGGGUAAGGGGGAUCGAGUGGCUCAAGGUCGAUAAAAGGAUCGAGACGCUGACUUUACUUCGUUUCAAAGACCUCCCCAAGUUCUGCUUUCUCGUGGGUGUAUUCUACUUUGAAGAAAUCAGACUACAAGAGGUUACUUUUUCUCUGUGAAUAUUUUUCAAGUGAAUCCAUUUCGCAAUAAAUCGUAAUCGUGUGAAAAAAGUUUUUUUUAUGAUAACAAAGAAGAUAUUCGUAAAUGUAAUUAAUUGCCUGGUAUUGUGAUCCUUCGAAAUGAAUCGUUUUGGAUCCAACAAUUCGAGAGAUCGCAUUACGUAUCAUUCGUAACGAGGACGUCGAAACGAAGAUACGAAGAAAGAGAGAGAGAGGGAGAGAGAGAGAGAGAGAGAGAGAGAGAGAGAGAGAGAGAGAGAGAGAGAGAGAGAGAGAGAGAGAGAGAGAGAGGAGAAGAUAAAAAGAAAAAGAGGUUUCGUUCCGUUGUUAUAAGAUUUAUCUUUGAGAAAUCGAUCGAGUCGAUCUAUUAUUUAUCAUAUAUCAAUUCCUCAAAUUGUUUAAAUACGUUUGCGUAUCUUUCAUAUAGAUCAUCAUUAGAAUCGGUCGUGGGAAGAAAAUAAUAUAAAACAAAGAAGAAAAGGAGAAAAAAAUAAUAAAAUGAUAAACUUAUAAAACGAAUUUGAGAAAAGGAAAUCUAAUCGAAAGAAAAUAAUAAAAAAAAGAAAAGAAAAUAAACAAAAACAAAAAGAAAAAAUAAACGAAAUACGAACGAAAACCCGAAGACACACGAGUUCGCAUGGAAAUUAACGUCGUAGGAGUAGGCCUCAUUCCUUGGACGAAUCCCGCGGAAAUUUGUCGCGAAAAAAGGUGAGGGAAGGAUGAAGAAUGCCCCGCGUCGGCGGAGACGGGGGUGGCGGGAACGAGAAGACAGGAGCCAGUGGCUUUGGAGGAUGGUUGGGAGGAGCUGCGAGAGCUGUGACCGGAGGAGGCGUCGCUGGUGGAUACGUCGUACUGGGUGGCACCAGAUAUGGUCUGAGACUCUCACAGGAAAGUCUACCACCCGCGAGCUCGAGGGAGGAAUCAGCGGAGAGAAGACGGAAGAGAAAUUCGCGAGAAAGCGAGUCGAGAGAACGGCUGACGGAGAAAUUGGCGGAAAAGUCGUCGAUCGAUCUGGCGUCGAGUAUAGUCGAGUGUUGUUGCAUCGGUCCACGUUCUCGGUUGCCUCUGCCGAGGAUCCCAACGACGACGACUACGGUGACGGCGGCAGCGACGUCGCUGCCGCCGUCGUCUUCGUCUUCAUCGGUAGCAAUGGCAUCGACGGUUGGCAGCAUUGUAGGAGUCGGAGGUGGAGGUGGAAAUGGAGGAGAAAGAGACGUUGACGGAGUUUUGCCGCCUCCUCCACCACCUCUACCACCUUCACCAGCAACGGUAGUAGUAGCGGCGGCACAAGCACAGCCAUCAUCUUCGUCGUCUUCGUCUCUUCCUCCCACGUUUUCGAAGAGUCGUGCCACUACUGCUGGCGUGGAACAGCCGGUGGAUGCGAAGCUGGCGGCUGCUCGGCCGACGCCAAACUCUAAUAAUAACCGCGGGAUGCUGCAAAGUACCACGGUGGGGAACGAGCAGCACCACCGCCAACAGCAGCACCAGCACCAGCAGCAGCACAAUCAACACCACCAGCCACAAUCAUCCGCGAUCCCAUCGCCGUUGCAGCCGGUAUCUUCCGUCUCUACUUCUUCUUCUUCUUCUUCUUCCUCCUCGACGUCUUCGUCGUUGCACCCGUCGUUCGACUCCUCCUCUUCGCCGAGCCUCCAAACGCAACAUUCGGUUUCCGUGCCGCGUCAGCUCGCACAGUGGACCAAGCAUCAGACCCUCAAGCUCCAGGAACCAGCGGUGAUAGCGGUGGACCGAUUGCACAGAUUCCGCUGGAGCGGGGGUGGAGGAGGAAGCGGAAAAAAAUCCUCUUCCGCCCCCCGCAGCGAAAAGGCCGAGCGUCUUCGCGAACUUACGGAAAAACUUAAGGGACCAGCACCUGUCCCACCUCCUAGACGACCUUCCCGUACUCAAGCUUCCUCUCCUCCACCGGGAGGAUGUCAGCCAUCUUUUCAAUCUCAUCAACAGUCGGCUCAAAGUUGCGGUCGAUAUGAUAAUCGUGGGAUCUAUAGAAAUCAUGAAACCGGGCUUCAAAAUCAACAACAGCAUCCAAGGAGUAUUGUUAGAAGUGAAAGCGUUGGCGAGGAACGUCUCACUGGUACAGAUUCGAUGGUCACCGGUAACGAGAGCUGUCGAAAACAACAGCUCGUUCAUGACACUUCGAAAAAGUCCUCGAAGUCGGGCAAGGUGACGGAGAAGAAUAGUGGUGACGUUGGUGACGUUAAAAAUGACGCGAAUCUCGUCAUCGGUGUCUCCGUCGAGGACGCGCCGACAACAAAACAACACUUGAGACAAUACAGUGAUUCAGUGGUAGAUAGUGCUACGAGCGUGGACGAUCUGUGCGAUACCUUGAACGUGUCUUCUGCUGGUACUGGUGGCAACAACAAUAAUGAGGCCGAAGCCAGGGAUGCGGUCAGCAGGUUGGAGUCUCGGGGACCAUUGUUAACUCUUCAAAGAGCUGGUGCUCCACUCAGAAGUGCGUCCUUCGGUCAGGUGGAUUUCAAUCAAGGGAAUCGUCAAAAAACUCAGCCGGUGGCAACGAGUGCUCGCACGGAAAACAAAGAUGUCCGUGCCAGUACUUUGCCUCGUCGACGAGGAGAUGCGAUACCAGGCGUCUCAACGUCUCAAAACAGCCCGAAUCGGCAAAGUCCAAGGACGUCGACGCCGAGCGUCGAUAGUGCUGUUGGUUCGGCCGAAGGACUCGGUGUACCUCACCAAAGCAAUCUCGAAGAAAUCCGACCUAGAAGUGAUGGUUCUGACAGUUUGGCAACAUCCAGUGCUCUUACCAGCCCGGAACCACCGGUACCGGAAAUUCAUGAGCAACAGCCGAGGUUGGAAACGGAUGCUUCACCGACUGAGGUGAUACCUUCAGAACCGAUUUAUCAAGUCGUCGAUAGCACUCCGAUCGAUGAGAUCGUUCAAAAAGAGAACAGAAUAGAGCCACACGAGGUAAUCGUGACUCCACCGUUGGAGGAACCAAGACUCAGUCAAGCUAGCGAGGGCAGCGAGGCACCUAGCGAGACACCUUCGGAAGCAUCCUCUCCUUCUGGUAAGACCAGACGUUAUCGUGGUGAUACUAGCAAGAGAAGAAAGGGUGUGUACAUAACGCAAUGGCCAGAACCUUUGGACGCUGAUAGAAACAAACUUACUGCUCAGAGCAGCGAGGAAAGAGAUGAUCCACCUGCGACCCCAAGCGAUUUGUCCGAUUGCGAAGGUCACGCUCCACGAAGGUACAGCAAGAGACCACUUCGUGGUCCUUACGGUCAAAUGCUUGAAGCUGAAAUGGCGAAACCUCGUGCAACAGAUAUAUCUCUGGAAGAAGGUCUCAGACCUAGACGCAAAGUCUCCGCUAAUCUUUCUUACAAUACCGGUGCUAAUAGUAGCUCCGAACCACCUACACCUUGUCAUCACAGGACUACUUCUAGCCCAAGUAAAUUAGAAGGAUUACCUGGACCAAGUCCGGAAUUACUCGCUGAACUUUUGAGAGGAUCUUCGGAGAGAGUAGCUCGUGCACCUGCUCAUCGAAAUGAUACGAGAACUCAUGUCGUCGUUGAGCUUUACGAUACUGAACGUUCGUACGUGGAAGCUUUGCAAAUACUAGUCAAUAAAUAUCUGCAGCCUUUGAAAAGUCCCGAGAAUGCUGGCUUAGUGGACGCUGCUACGGUGGAUGAGAUAUUUUAUCAGGUCCCAGCGAUUCUUAGCCAUCAUGAAAUUUUUCUUGAAGAGUUACGAAAACGUCUCGACACUUGGGAAGUAAAGCAGACUAUAGGCGACGUUUUCUUGGACGUAUUUACAAAGCCAGUAGUUCUAGAGACUUACACUCUCUUCUUGGACAAUUGGAAGUCCGCGAAGAAGGCGAUAAAAACAACGUGUCAAGGGAAACCAGCAUUCGCACGAUUUCUCGAGACGAUGGAACGUGAACACAAAGGCAAGCUUGGUCUUGAUCAACUGCUGAUUAAACCGGUGCAGAAGAUUCCGCGUUACGAGCUUCUCAUUCAGAGACUUCUCAAACACACUGAUUCGGCGCAUCCCGAUUAUGAGUUCCUGCAGGCAGCACAAAAGGAAGUGCAUGAAUUGGUUGUGAAGAUCAAUUGCACGGAGCGUGAGUCUCUUGAAUGGGAACAGCAACAAAGUACUUUAAGAGAGGUUCAAGCCCUCGUCGAAGGUCUUGCUGGGAUCGUUACGAAUGAUAGAGCAUUCGUUCGUCACGAUUUGGUUACCAUAGCAUCGAACCAAGGCACACGGAAGGAACGAGCUCUCUUUUUGUUCUCCGACCUAUUGGUUAUUACCAGUAUCAAACGACGAAGUGGUACGAUAAGGAAACCAUCUACGAGCUCUUGCCCGAAUAGCUUGGUCAGUCUUCUUGAAGCUAACAAGUACAAAAUGUUGAUGAGAAUACCAUUGGAUGAUCUCGAAGUGAUGAAAGCCAAGGACGAGAAUCUCAGACGAAUGGCACGCGAAGUUGAUCACCUACGAGAGGAUUGCGCCACAUUGAGUCAACUCCAAGAACUCGCAGCUACGAUACAUGGAAGUAAGGCACAACUCGAGGAUCUGAUCAAGGAUAUGCUGUGUCAAGCGCAACGGCAGUUAGCCGAAAGAAACGCUGCUCAUUCUCAGUUAGCUUGUCUGGAAUUAACUCUAAACACGCAAUCGGGUAUCGAGAAUAUCUCUGUUGUCUUUACAAAGCCCGACAAGAGAGCGAGUUGGGAAGAGAGUUUCAACGAAGCCAAACAAAAGUUGGCAUUGUCUGCCGAUCGAAGACUUUGUCCAGAAUUCGUCGGUCCUUUACCCAUUAGAAAGACACGAGCUGGUCUUCAAUUUACUUGCGCUGCACCUACCUUAUCAAAUGGACAAGAAUCUCGUGAUGUGUGGGUUUGCAACAGCGACGGAUACGUUGGUCAGGUUUGCGUGCUGAGUUUGAACCCAGAACCACCUCAAGUUACAUCUUGUAAUGGAGUUUGCAAUGCUAGAAUCCUUUGCGUUGCUGGGAUACCUGCUUGUACUCCUGGUUCGAACUCUUUGGCAUCCAACAGUAAUACGUUUGUGAACAGUAAAAGCGGCAUCAGUAUUUCCGUGCAAGAUGUCGACUCCGGUAGUGGUAAUAUUCAAUUAGACAGCAGCUCGAGCUCCGACGAGUCGGACUCGGACGACAUUCCAAAUGCGGAUACUUGUAGCGUGACCUUGAGCGGUGAUGUCUCUAAUAUCGAUAACGCUAUUGCCAUUGAAGAGGAUGCCAAUCAACCUACCAUGUGGUUAGGGACGGAAGAUGGUUGCAUUCACGUUUAUAAUUGUAACGACAAUAUUAGAAUAAAAAAGAACAAGGUGAAGAUUCAACAUGGUAGUAGCGUGCACUGUAUCAUAUACUUGGACAAUAAAGUAUUCGUGUCACUUGCCAAUGGUGAUAUAGCUGUAUAUACACGAGAUCAUAUAGGAGGUUGGAAUACUCCAGAUCCAACGAUAGUGUCCGUAGGUACCGCAGCAUCUCCAGUAACGAAGAUGCUUCCGGUAUCUGGCAAACUGUGGUGUGGUUGCCAUAACUCCGUGAAAGUUCUCAACACGCGUACCUUGGACAUCGAGCACAGCUUCGUGGUUAGCAGUGACACAAGUCGAGCGGUCACUUGUAUGGCAAACUCUGGUGGUUUUGGUGUUUGGAUUUCUUUGCACAACAGUGCCGUACUUCGUCUUUUCCAUGCUGGUAGUUAUGAAUGCUUGACAGAUAUAAAUAUCGCUCCGGCCGUUACCAAGAUGCUUGCUACAGGUUGCGAUGACAUAAUAAGACAACAUAAAGCAGCCUGUCUCAGAGUAACCGCUUUAUUGGCUUGCAAUGAGUUAUUAUGGAUCGGUACAAGUGCUGGUGUACUUUUAACCGUACCAAUACCUCACAUCAAGCCAUCCACGCAAAGAAUAUCUCAACCUCCCAUCGUAACUGGAAUACCUCACGGACAUACGGGACACGUGCGGUUUCUAACAUGCGUGGAAACCAGUACAUCAUCGAAACCAGAACCACGACCAAAGGUGAAUCGAUACUCUUUGAAAUCGAAGAAAGUGCAUCAGAAUAAUAUCAAUCGCGGUAAGCUCUUGGUGAUAUCCGGUGGCGAUGGUUACGAGGAUUUCAGAGGGCCCCAAGCGUCCGCAGAAUUACAGGCAGGUCGCGAGGAUUCGACGAAUCAUCUUCUUUUGUGGAAGGUGUGAUGCAUUUCUGCAUGGCCCAAGAGGGUCGCGGUUCACGAUAGCCGGCACGACACGCCGUGGGAAUCGUUGUUGUCGAGCGUGCAGCCAAUAUGCGAACACCGUCACGCUGUAUCGAUCUUGGUUAACACGGACGGAUCGGCACGACGAUUUUUCAGGGAACGAGGAAAGGUUCUCUGGUUACUCCUGGCGGAGUGGAUCAGAACCAGGAUAAAUAAGUUCCGUUAUCUACAGAACGAAGUAAAAUUCGUAUUACAGGAUGGUAAAAAUUUUGCUUAAGGAUUUUUGGUCGAGAGAAUAAUAGUUUUCUUGAGUUUCGUCCUCGAUCGAAACGAGAUUUUCUUCUUUUUGUUUUUUGUUUUUUUUUUUCUUUCGAGGGAAGAUCACUCGCCGUUGAAUUUGCGCAGUAAAUUAGGUUGGAGGGAUUUAGUGAGAAUGAUCUGCGAUUUUUAAGACGUUUAUAAGUCUGGAGACGCUUGAGAUUUCUUUUAUUGCAGAGUCGUUUCUUACUCGUUCGAAUUUUUACGAUGAAGUUUAGCCCACAUUUUGCAAAAUAAAACGAUGAAAAACGAUCAGUCAUCGUCGUUGGUGUUGAUAGCACUUUGUCUAAAAAAUUAUUAAAGCUCUACGGGCUAUUCUAAUUCAUUAUUCGAGUAUCAAUCUUCUAAUAUCGUCGGUGCUGGAAUUAAUAGGAAGGAGGAUAAUACAAAUUUCAUAACGUGUCAAUAUCUUGUUGCAAUAGAAACGAUGACAAUUAAUGUGCGGUACCUGAAAAGGCUUCGAAAACGAGCUUAUAACGUUUUAAAUGGCCUAAAUUAAACGAUGAGGUUCAAAGGUUCAUCAUUUCUUACAAAUGUUAAAAUAUUGACAAAAUUUUAUCGUUGUCCUUUGAUGACACAACAAAAUCCAAAUGUACCUCAUUAUUCAUUUUGAAUGUUUAAAUGAUGUAAAUUAAUGUGUCCGUCUAUCCCGUGAAAGGAACCUAUGUAAUAAUAAUUUUCAAUUGAAGAUGUAUCACGUCGUGUGUGUGUGUGUGUGUGUGUGUGCGUGCGUGAAUGUAGACAUUGAAUAUUAUCCAUAUCAAAAAAAGAGUGCAAAUUAUUGAAACGAAGUCGUCCCUAUGUUAUGAUUGACUCUCUUGUGGUUCCUAUGCUUACGUGCGCAUUAUCAGUUAACGCGAAGUAUGUUUGACAAUAAUUUAUUAUGAACAACUUUUAAAAAAUUACUUCACACUUGACCAAUAAAAAUGGUUUGUAACAUCGAAAUGCUGGUAUGAAUAUAAGGGGAGGGAAGCCUGUAAAAAAUUAUUCUUUUUAUUAUGAAAUAGAUGCUCGACAUGAUAUCGAUGCUUAAAUAUAAAUAAGUAUAUGUUCAAGUGUGAAGGAAAGCAAAAAAACCAGGUAAUUGUAAUUUUGCUAAUUUAAGACUGAAUGAAAGCUACAUAUAACGAUAUAUACAAAGUUAUAUCUAUUAUUCUUCGAUCGUAUAUUUGUGCCACUUUAUUGUGUGAACGAAUAAAACAUUAAUCGAAUACUUUUAAUCAAAUUUACUGUAUGUACACGUUUUCGAACAAUAUUUUCUCUUAGAUUGAAUGAUACGAAAAAUAUUUAUAGGAAACAUGAGGAAAUACAUAUGCACUCUAAUUUCAAAUUUACUUAUAUAAUACCUGGUGUAAUUAAAAAGAAAAUAGAAAAGAAAAAAGAAAAGAAACAAGAAAAGAAAAAAACGAUUAUAAGUUAUACAUUUUUACAAGUAACAUAAAAGAACCUACAUCAAAAUUGGACUUCAAGUAUUAUACAUAGAUGAAGGAUAAGAGCUUAAGCUUUUCGUGGAAAUAAUCUAUUUUUUGAAAGAGAAAAUUGAACAAAAGUAAAAAAAAAAAGAUAAAAGAUAAAAAAAAAGAUAAAAAACAACAAAAUAUAUUGAUAAAUGUUUUGCCUUUGACAUUGGUCUUUCAUAGAAGAAAAAGAAUUGUUUGUUUGCCGUAUAGAAAACUGUUCUACUACGUCUUUUUGUGAAGAAUAUCUCAUAUUCUUUCUCUUUUUCUCUCUCUCUCUCCCCUCCCCCUCUAUCUUUUUCUCCUUCUCCUUUUUAUGAGAAGAAAAAAUGCAUUAUUUAUUUAUAUUUUCGGUCAAUAAUCGUACGAAUGAAGUACUUGGAUGCACCUUUGGUGUGUAAUAGAGAACAGUCUCGUAUUAGAAUUGUAUAGAUACGAGACUAUAAGAUUCGUGUUAUGAACGGCUAAAGGGAAAUGUAAUAUAUCGUAAAUAUAUUUGUAUUAUAUGUAUUUUCCUUUUCUCGCGUUAUUAUUGAAAACAUAAUUCCAAGUUACGCAAGAACUAUGAAAAAUAAUGUUCUCGGAAUUUGUAUCAUCAUUUAUUAUGAAUGUACAUAUUUAUUUGAUAAUUAUGUAAUUUUCUUUUUCUCUUUUAAUAGAUAUCAUCUCCGUGCUUUACAUCGCCUGCGAUUGUACGUCACAAUCCGUAGACAGUAUAUUUGAUUAUAAUUAUCUAUAUGUAAUAUUCUUAUGUACAAUUAUAAAUGCUCGUUGAUAUAAUUGUAUUAAAGACGAUUUAAAACUUGUAAA